AUGUCUUUCUUUAUAUGCCCUCCUCGAUUAGUUAGUCUUUCAAGGAAGAAACUGGAUACAACUAUGCAAGCUGGUGACCACAGCCAACUGGUCAAUGGCUCAACAUCAUCACCACUGCCACCGCUAACAAACCCUUCAUCUCAACCAUAUCCAUAUCCUAAUCCACCCCUACCUCCACCUCCGCCUUCGUCUCGAAUCAACAGUUUUUUUCAUCAAGAUACAAGGACUGAAGAUGCACCUAAUCAUUUAGGGGCAUUCAAUCCUGGUAAACAACCCGUCGUUACCAAACUAACAAAUAAGCACACAGCAUCGAAGCUUGUCAACAAGACGAGAAAGAAACGGACACCUACAAGUCGCGCUUGUGAUGCUUGUGCCAGAAGGAAAGUUAAAUGCGAUCCAAACACGCCAUGUGCACCAUGUGUGGCUAGCGGUUUAAGCUGCACAAGGAAUAGAGAACGCAAGAAAUCAGGUCCCAAGACAUUGAGCAAAAAGACACUUGAUGCAAUAAACAACUUGAGUGAAGUCAUUGACUUCAACACGGGUUCCACACCGCAGAACCUUGCACGGCCGCCAUUGCCCAAGCAUAGGUCGUCCACUUCGGCAACAUCAAAGAGUCCCAGCACCCUAGAGGAAGAAACUCAACUGUCAAGUGAAUAUUUGGAAUCACCACCGGCACCGACAACAACACCGGGAAGUCAAAGGACAUCAUUGAGCCAUUCACAUACGCCAAACCCUGGCAUUGCAAUUGAGAAAGCUUUACAAGGUCAAUCAUUGUUACAACAGCAGCAGCAGCAACAACAACAACAACACAGCCAGCAACUGCUACAUCAGAACCAACAUCAGUUGACAAUGCCGGUAUCUGGGAACUCUCACAUAUCACCCGAGUCUCAGAAUCUCGCGCCAUCAUCUGCUUCAAGUCUCGAGGAAUAUUUAGUGACCCCAUAUUAUUUGGUUGAAAACAUUAAAUUACUCAGUGACGAGCCUGCUAUAUAUGCUCUUGUUCAGCCAUUAACUGUCAAUUCUGUUCUCGCCAACCAUGGAAUGCUUGUUAACUUUCUUUUGGCAAAUUUUCGAAACCAGGACACUCCAUUGGGUAAUCCGCACUUUCAAGAACUCAAUUUACUCAACCAUCACGAGGACUCAUUGUACUUGUCUACGUUGCUAAUCAUUUUGACGUUGAAUCAGAUCAUUGCUGAGAUUCUCAUAAAGAUGAAGAAGCAGAAAUUUAAGGACUUAGCGAGGUACCCGAAAAAGUACCUCAUGUUUCGUCCAUACAAAAAUUUUAAAAAUUUGUGUCAUUUCAAAGUAUUGGAGAUUUUCACAUUGAUUGAAAAAAAUUUCAUAGUUCCACCAAUUAUUCCAAAAGUCAGAGCAAAUAAUGGUGGGUUGAAUAAUUUGCCUGCACAUUUAAGUCAAUAUCAAGUGUACUAUAAUUUGUCGCUUGCAAGUAUGCAAUUAUGCAAUUACUACCAUAUUUUAAAUUUGACAAAUACUUUAAACCCUGCAACAUCGAUGCAGAAUGCAUACGGGAAUGAGGCUCAAGAACAUCAAAAAAUAUUGUUCAUGCACCGCGCAAUAACAUAUUUCCACUUGUUGAAUGUGAAGCCAGAUGAUUCGUUGGUUCCGAUUCGAGAACUUUAUGGGUUGUUGUUCUCGUCUGAGCGAUAUUACCUAAUUUUUAGCUCUUACAAGUAUAAUGUCAACGUUGUUAGAAACAAUGACAUCAUAUUGCAUCUACGCUCGGGCAAUUACGAAGAUGUUGGAUACAUUUAUCAGUUGAUGAAAAUUGUUGACGAUUUGGGAAUGAUAGACAUGCUAUGUCGCAACUCCAACUUCAACGUCAUGAUUGACUUUGCUAAGCCACAAAGUGGUUAUUAUGAAACCAAAGCAUCGAUUACUAGGCUUCAAGGCACAGAACCGUUGCAUGGUUUACUACGAGAUGUGCUUUUAUUCAAGAUAUUGUUGGUAAGACCUUUGAAUUUAGAACAGAGCAAGAUUGAGAUUGUGGCAAUUAUCAACUCCCUCAGCAAUGUUUUAGAAGCAGCAGACUCCGAUAUAUUUAAGAUUCAAAUAUCAAACUAUCAGUCACUCCAACCUUUAUUACAUAUUCUCAAGGUGUUCCUUGAGAUAAAGCAAACAGAAACAAGGUUGAAUAUGCCCCUCAACAUUCAUGAUCAAGAGUUGCUUGUGCGAUAUAGUGAAUUAUUGAUUUUACAUUUUCCAUUUUUCAACAACAUCAACAAACUCAUCAGGGCACACAAGAUUUUGAAUAACUGGUUUUUAAUAUUGAGUGAGUCGCGCAAAGAAGAAGCUGUGUAUCAAGGAUCCGAGAUGUCGAUGCCGCAGCCAUCAACCUCGUCAACUACAACGAUGGAGACCCCAUCCAUGAAUCUACCCCAAUCACAACAUCCACUGCUGCAACCGCAACGGUCCUAUCAGUCUCUACAAUUACAGCAAUUGCAGCAACUACAGCAACAGCAACAAAUAAAGCAAUUUGACGGACCCGGGCAAGCUGAACAAACAACAAUGGCACCGAUGGCACCACAGACACCUAUUAAUGCAUCAUUAGUGCCAUUUCAUACAGGUAUUACGCCAACAAUCAACCAACCUUCUUCAUCAUUUAUGAACCUACCACGUAUACAACUGCAGCAGCGUGUAGCAUCACAAAUAGAUAUCAAUGAACUUUUGCGUGAUUUCACCGAAUCUUCAAUCAACUGCACGGAUAACCAGUCAAAUUUCCCCACCUCUAGUGUGCAGCAUAAGGCAGACGAUGAUUAUGAAGAUGAAGAGCAAGAUUUUUUUAGCAUUGUUCCAAAGAAUGAGCAUGGCCACAAAUUUGCAAAAAGGAAACGAGAGUCAGUACUGGAACACUUUCAAAAUCAACAGUCACCUUUUACACAAUCUUCCCAUAAAAUGAUAAAUCCCGCUGUAACCGCAAUGCGUAACUCUACUUCGAACUCAAACUUGGCAAUGAGUGCCAGCCAAAGAAGUUUUUUGUCUUUGUUUAAUGCUGCAAAUUAUGUUGAGGAUGAAGCACAGAUUACGAUGCCUGCUAAUAAUGCUCUUGGUGGUGGUGCUGGUGGUGGUGCUGGUGGAGGUGAUGGUGGUGUUUCUGGUUCUGGUGUGGAUGCCAGUGGUAUUAGUGCGGGACAAUUGCAUGGUAGUGGCGGCAGUGCUAGUAGGCUCAACUACCCAAGCUCAAGUUUUUUUAAUUUGUUUCAAAUGAGUGGAACAACUCCUAAUAAUGUAUGA